CAUCGCAUGUAUAAAUAUCACGUGAAAAUCUCGUGAGAAUAUAACGAUUGGGUUGUUGUUGGUCCUUAUUUCUGAAUUUAAACAUAGGUUAAUUUAGGUUACACACAAUCUAACGAUAAAAAAAGGAACAUCAGGAUGAAUUUUGGAUCACAAAUCAAUUAAAGAAAAAUUGGUGUACUCGAAAAUUUUUGAGGUAGUAUAUUUUUCUAUGUAUGGAAUGAAUGAAAUACUAUUAUUUCCAUACUUGAAACCAAAAUUCAAUACAAAAAAGCUUUCACUCUUAAUCAAUAACCACAGAGACCUACAAUCUAAAAUGUUAAAAAUUUCUUCACACCUUAUUUUAACCCAAAAACAAAAAGAACAAUUAUGUUCUCUCCCAGUUUCUAAGUUUACUGAUAGAAAAUGGGAGUCACAAAACGAUGCUACUUCCUUCUUGAAGGUGCAUAAUCUUAUACUUGAAAAUAAGCCGGAGCGCAAAUGGAAAGUACGUUAUAGUAAUAAAGCUAAGGGUAUUUGUCUUUUACAAUGUUGUUGUGGAAGUGAUGCAAGCUUAAGACCAAAAAAUGGUAACUCAAAAGCUCGAAAAUCAAGACAAAUUUACAAGUUUGUUGGAUGUCUCGCGUUUGCACGGAUUAAAAAAUAUAAAAACAAUUGUAUACAUAUCUUUGGUUAUCUUACUCAUUCGGAAGACUGUCAACGUCAACUUCCGCUUCGCCCUCUUAAUGAAACAAUAAAUUGGCAAUAUGGCUUUUCAACAUACUACCAUAGUUUUUACAAGAAAAUUCUAGAUGAAGAAUUCCCAAACAUAUCACAACAAGAAAGAGUUGCGAAAGCGAAUGAAUUGUGGAACUCUUUAUCUGAUGAAUUAAGGACCUCCUUUAUCCAGUAUGACGAAGUCAAGAGAUUGCUUGAAGAUAACCACCCCAACAUAACUCAAUAA